AAUUUCAUCCAUUUGCUGCGCCGCAGGCGAAAUUUUUGAGCAUUUUAGAGUGCAAGGAGAAAUAUUUCCUCCAAGAUGAGUCGUGCUACCCGAGAUCCUACAUUUUUUCAUCCGGUUUUCAUCUUCUUACAUGGAACUUUUUAUCUUUUCCACUGAACUUUUCACAUUUUAAUCUCCUUAUAUUCCUCUUAAUCUCAAAUCCUUUUUUUCAAAAAUUUUGAGAAUUUUGGAUGUCCCUAAGUCAGAUUUCUUCUAUUUUUGCGCCGCAGGCGAAAAUUUUGAAAAAUUUUGAAGGCCAUGAAGCCAGAUUUCUUUCAUUUUUCACCGCCGUAGGUGAAAAUUCUAGAAUUUGGAAGCCAAUAAGCCACCUUUCUUAUUUUUUCAGCGCCGCAGGCGAAAAUUUUGAAAAUUUCCGAAGGCCGUAG